GCUCUCUCUCUCUCUACAGACCUGAGUGACCAGUUGCUAGAGGUGGUGGGUCUGGAGGGCGCCAUGGAGAUGGGGAAGAUCUACUCAGGCCUGAAGAGUGCAGGUCGCAGACUGGCCCAAUGUGCUAACGUUACCAUCAGGACGUCCAGGCUGCUGCCCAUGCAGAUCGAUGGGGAACCUUGGAUGCAGCCCCCAUGUACGAUCAAGAUCACACAUAAGAACCAGGUUCCCAUGCUACUGGGCCCUCCUCAGAAGACCCCCUUCUUCUUCUUCAAGAGACGCAGCAGGAGUCGGGACUGAGUGAGGAGGACACUUCAAACUCCCCCAUCUUCACACAAACACAACCCCUCCAACACCAACUGAUGAUUGGACUGGUGAACUGUUCCCCAUGGAGGAACUGGACCUUGGGAGAGGAGAGGAGGAGAGGAUGUGUGGAGGGGAUCAUUUGGAGAAGGAGAGGAUAUUCUUAAAAAAGGAAAACAACUCAAUAGACAUUGCCCUUGGACCUAUGGCACCACUUCAGAAUGAACCAACUUUUUCUCAGUGUAAUGACCACUUCCUGUGUGUCCAUGUUAUAGCUUCUAGAACUUCCUGUUGACUUUGAACUCUGACCCUGCCACCGGCCCACUAGCUCAGUUAACCCAGGCUCCAGACCCAGCUUCAGCCCAAACCCACCAGUACUGACACACUGCCUUGGCAAAACACAGUCCCAUAUAGGUUCAUUUAGGGAUACUGCCAUGAUCCUGGAGGGAUAAAGAAAGAUGGAGGGAUAAAGAAACACAUAAAGAGAGAGAGAGAAACAGAAGUGGGAUAGAAGGAGAGACAGACAGGAAGGAAAGAAAAGAGUAGAAGAGAAGGAGUGAGGGAUGGAAUGAUCAAUACAGCAGAUGAAAGUAAGGUGUGUGUGUGUGUGUGUGUGUGUGUGUGUGUGUGUGUGUGUGUGUGUGUGUGUGUGUGUGUGUGUGUGUGUGUGUGUGUGUGUGUGUGUGUGUGUGUGUGUGUGUAAGUGCUCUCCUCUCUUUGAGGAACCCGUUGAAUAAUGAAUCAGAGCUUGUAGAGUAUUCACUCCAGUGUCUUUCCACGACGCCAGAACACUGCACACUGCCUGAGACAUGAAACAGAAAGAGGGCCUCUAUAAUUGACUGCUUUGUUUAUGCUUGACGGUGACAACAGGGCAGAAUCCACAGUAACAGUAGCAUGGGAAACUCAAACUAACAUGCAGGGAUUUUUCCCCCCAUCAUCUUGGCCCACAACAAACAUAUUUAGACUAGAAUUUGAAGAAUAUCAAUGGCGUCAGGCCUUGGGGGAAAGGGAAGUCGAAGUGUUUUUAUCUCACCAUCUUCACUAAGUUACUCAGGGCCAUUGUUCUGUCCAGACGGAUUCGUGGAACAGAACUCAGUGAAGAGGGGAGACAGGGUAGAGGGGACCUGACUUCCCUAUUACUGUAGAGACAGAGAUCACUGAGAGCAGAGAUGAGCCCUGUGUCCCGAUCAAAAAAGCCCAGUAGGACAGCAUUAGGAACAGAGCCCAGUGUAGAGGGAGAGGAGACUGAAGGAGGUAUGUUAGGUCCUUACUGUAAUGUGUUAGGACAGCUAUAGAUUGAAUCAA